GUUCCGGUUGAAAUGAUCAUUUAGGUGGAAGGGUGUUCACUAGUUACCACAGCCAGAAAGUCAAAAAUGCCUAUUAUCGUAAACAUUCAUGAAACAACUUUUUUUUUCUUCUUAAUUUACGGUUACGCAUAAUGUUAUCAGUGUGAUUAGGGUUAAGAGUAAGGUUUAAAUCAGAUUUUAAGAAGAUCAAUUGUAGAAAUAGGGGUUUAGCCAUAAUUAUGACUUUGUGGCUGCGGUAACUAGUGACGACCAGGUGGAAGAGCAAAGUCUGAACGGAGGAGUUUAUAGUCUAGUUCUAGAAUUUACAACAGCCCCUUCUGUCCGCGGACAGACUACUGGACAUUAGUUAACGUACCAGACGAAGCUAUAGGUAUGGCGGCGGGAGAGGCACGAAAAGUCAUCAUCUACGGUGGGAAAGGAGCACUAGGAGCCACUUGUGUCCAAUACUUCAAGUCUAAAAACUGGUGGGUGGCUUGUAUUGACAUCAAUGCCAAUGAGGAGGCAAGUGCCAACAUCCUUGUCAAACCAACCGACUCCUUUACUGACCAGGCAGAACAGGUGACAGCGGAUGUGUUGUCGUUGCUAGGCGACCAGAAGGUGGAUGCCAUCCUGUGUGUGGCGGGAGGAUGGGCCGGAGGCAGCGCCAAGGCUAAAGCUCUCUAUAAGAACAGUGAUCUGAUGUGGAAGCAGAGUGUGUGGACGUCUACCAUUUCCAGUCACCUAGCAACCAGACACCUGAGAGAAGGGGGGCUGCUCACACUGUCUGGAGCUCAGGCUGCCCUGACCGGAACCCCAGGUAUGUUGGGUUAUGGUAUGGCGAAGGCAGCGGUCCACCAGCUGUGUCAGUCUCUAGCGGGAACCAACAGUGGCCUCCCUCCACAAGCUGCUGCUGUCACUAUACUACCCAUUACCUUGGAUACGCCUAUGAACAGGAAGUUCAUGCCUGACGCUGAUGUCAGUUCCUGGACACCACUGGAAUAUGUGGCAGAAAUGUUCUACGGCUGGUCGACAGGAGAGAACCGACCGGCCUCCGGAACUCUGCUGCAGCUGGUGACAUCCCAGGGCCAGACACAGGCCACACCGAUGUAGAGGCGCACUCUUCCGCAAUCAUCUGCUCACUGUCCUCAAGAACUGAAAUUACCACAACACUACUUAAUGCUGGGCGCGUACAAGCAGAUACAUUUUGUCUAGUCGGUCACCGCCUUUCAAAGUGUGUUGCAUUAUGGGGAUAAAAAUAAUAUCGAUUGCAUGAACUCUACAAAUGUUUUAAAAAAUUGCUUCUUCAUUUGUGCUUCUAAAUCAGCAUUGCUUGCUGUCUAGGGUUUUAGGCUGGGUUUCUGUAUAACCACUUUGUGACAUCUACUGAUGUAAAAAGGGUUUUAUAAAUUUGAUUUGAGUUAAGCAAUCAUUAGGGUGUUUUUGCUUGACCCACGUGAACGUGACCAAAGACGUGACUGAAACAGGAACCUCCUUUGCCAUGAAUCUAAAGCUACAGGGAAUAAAAAUAAGUGAUAUUUAAGAUCUAACAAAUUAA